AGCUCCAGCUAUCCUGAGGGAAACUUCGGAGGGAACCAGCUACUAGAUGGUUCGAUUAGUCUUUCGCCCCUAUACCUAAGUCCGACGAACGAUUUGCACGUCAGUAUCGCUACGAGCCUCCACCAGAGUUUCCUCUGGCUUCGCCCUGCUCAGGCAUAGUUCACCAUCUUUCGGGUCCCAGCAUGCAUGCUCGCACUCAAACCUGUCACAGAAGAUCAUGGUUGGUCGAUUUUGUUCAGUUAGGUUACUUGCGCCUCGUGGGUUUGCCACCCACCGACUCGCACACAUGUUAGACUCCUUGGUCCGUGUUUCUAGACGGGUCAAUGCAAACCUUUCCGCCAACGUCGAGUCCUCGGUCAACUCGGAAGUGAUAUCCCUCCAAGCUAACCCACGUUGACCAGCCCCGAGCGCGUGUAUUGCUACUGCCCCGGGAGCACCCACAGGUUUGAAUCGCUUCCCCCUCAACAAUUUCAGGUACUUUUUAACUCUCUUUUCAAAGGUCUUUUCAUCUUUCCCUCGCGGUACUUGUUCGCUAUCGGUCUCUCGCCAAUAUUUAGCCUUAGAUGGAAUUUACCACCUGCUUAGGGCUGCAUUCCCAAACAAC